CGGGGGGAUUCAAAUGCUACCACUGCUCCACACCGCUCAGGCAUUGACCUAGCUUCUCGGUGUGUUCCACGCAUUUUGUAACCCUAGUUCUUCAACUGUGGAGGCAGUGGAACGCGUCGGGCUGCUGUUCCUGGGUACCUAUUGGACUCACGGUACAGCGCAGCGCUUUCGUCGUCCAUUAAGCGCGGUGUAUUUACCUAGGCUGCUCGUUUUGUAGUACUCCUCUCGCCUAGCUGCUUCAUCGCUCACAGCUCAUUCCCAUUCCAUCCUCGCCUCUAUCCGUCUUCGUCCACCGUUUACCUGUCAUCACGUACUAGUCGGUGCGCGCGGGUCAAGCUUCCGACGUCCUCACGUGAGAAAUCGUUUCCAAGAAGCGAAUGGUGAUGGAGCUCAGCCGUGAGCAUUGGGUGUACAUGGCCAAGCUCGCUGAGCAGGCAGAGCGUUACGAUGAGAUGGUGGAUUCUAUGAAGAAAGUCGCGAAGCUCGACGUGGAGUUGACGGUCGAGGAGCGGAACCUGUUGUCCGUCGGAUACAAAAACGUCAUUGGAGCUCGCCGGGCCUCAUGGCGUAUUAUGUCCUCGAUUGAACAAAAGGAGGACAACAAGGGAAAUGAGCAGAAUGUGAAACGCAUCCGGGAGUACAGGCACAAAGUAGAGCAGGAGCUCUCCAGCAUUUGCAAUGAUAUUUUGACUAUCAUCGACGAGAAUCUGAUCCCAUCCUCGGAUACGGGAGAGUCGAAGGUCUUUUACUUCAAGAUGAAGGGCGAUUACUACCGGUAUCUCGCUGAGUUCAAGAGUGGGAAUGAGAGGAAAGAGGCCGCGGAGAACUCUCUUAUUGCUUAUAAGAGUGCAUCCGAGAUUGCCAUGGUCGAUCUUGCCCCCACGCAUCCCAUUCGUCUUGGAUUGGCGCUGAACUUCUCGGUGUUCUAUUACGAGAUCCUGAAUUCCCCGGAAAGGGCUUGCCAUUUGGCGAAACAGGCGUUUGAUGAGGCAAUUGCUGAGCUCGACACGCUGAGCGAGGAGUCUUACAAGGACAGCACCCUUAUUAUGCAACUCCUCCGGGACAACCUUACUCUCUGGACGUCGGAUUUACAAGAUGACGGAGGUGACGAUGUUCCCAAGGGAGAUGAUGGAACGAGGGUGGAAGAGGCAGAGGGCGAGGACCAUUGAUUGAGAGGGAGGGGGGGAGGGUUUUUCAAUUGGGGUUUACAAGGGUUUCACAGGGGAGUUAAUUCUUGGGGUGUAAAUACCCCCCAACCUGCACAAGGUCUGGGAGUUUUAGAUGAGAGGUCCGCUUGUCCUCUAACGAAUGUGCACGCACGUCUUCCUGGUUGGCGCAGAAGAUAUGCAAGUCGAGGAAACGAAGGGGCGCUCCAAAAAUGAAUGACAGAGGGCGAGGGGCUGGGACAGGGAGGGUUGGUGGUAGUCUGUGGGCGUGUGUGCACGAGCGUGUCGAGACGGAGUGUGUGAGCUGUCAGCGAGAGGGUGACAGGGUGCAGUCGUCGACUGCGUGUAUGUGUGCUCUGGGAGUGCGUGAGCCGAGCUGAAGUGGCGGUGAUGUGCUGGGUGCGUGAGGAGCUUUGCUCAAGCGGGGCGUGAAUUGUAUCGUGGUGACGGAGACCGAUUUUUCUCGAGAGAAGCUGGAGACGGAAUACUGUCAUUGGGGAUGCCAAGCGCACUACUGGCAGGGAAUGGACGGUUUUGGAUUUAUGCUUUACCGCCGUAUUCUGGUUACUGGGGCUGCUGUGGACCAGGUUGGGGUCGAAUGAUUUUUUAUAGCGACCGUUUUGACAUGGCGUUGCUUUGUAUUGGUGGGUGCCACCUCUCUCCGGCUGGUGGCAGGCGUAUGGUUGGAAUGACCGGAAAGAUUUUUGCGGGUGACAUCGGUGUGUGCCCCGCUUUUUGUUAACCGUGUGCACAGACUAUGUCUGAACAGUCGUGUACGGUCCGUUGUUGCUGGUUUGCGAGGGAAUUUCUAUGGAAUGAUGCAGUAUAUAAACCUAGGAAGUGAUUCACGUGUCGACCCGUCUGUUUUUUGGUGUUUUAAAUUAUUUGUCGCAAACCUAAUGAGGAUAAAAGUUGAAAAACCUGCUUUUCUCGUAGUCUCUCCCGGUUCAUCCCCCCAAACUCGUUCUCUCUCGUUUACCCAUUGGUUAAUUCCUCUUGCUAUCUCGUCCUCCACAUCUCUACGUCGUACCAAUCGUUUGAUCCAAUCCCAAAGAGUGUUGUCUAUCUAAAGACUUCUUGCCAUAACCAGGGAACGUGUCGUCCAAGGAACAAGCGUCGUGUAUGAACCGUUGGCAUCGAGCGUUGUGCUUCUCGGCACCCUAUAAUGGAAUAAGUGCUCUCAAAUUUUUGUAUUGUGCUUCCGUCAGCAGUGUCUGUAACAUUUGCAAAUGUAAUUCUUGAUGCAGUGUCGAGUUGCACAAUCCAGCAGGGCAAUGGCCGCCAGGGCAUUCCUCUCUGGAUACGUGUUCGUGUUGGAGUGGUAGCCAGGGAGGGGACCCAUGUGGUCGGCUGUGUUACGUUGUGGAAUGGUGCAGUGGUUUGCCGACGUAGCGGUCCAGGACGGGCUGGUGUUAGGGUUGUCGUUACACCUAUUCCUCUAUCGCAUCCCCCUCCGACUGGCAUGCUUUUGUUGUCGGAGAUUAAAGCCGAAAAUGGGCGAGUGCGAUUGUGUGCUUUCCACGACUGGCAGGAAACUGUGUAUUAUGAUAUCUGCUCGGAAAUGUCGACGUUGUGCUAGAAGUGGGGUAAGGUUCAAUAAAGUCAGCCUUGUGCA